UCCAUCUGCCGUGUCGCUGUAGCUGUCACUCCAAUUUACAUCCCGCCGUCACGCCUGCGGAGCUCCGCCGCUUCGAUUACUGGCGGGGCUUUCUAUGAAGAAAACGGCAAAAGUAUCUCCUUUCCGGCUCACCUCUCUACUCCGCCUCGAGAAAAACCCUACCCUGUCUCUUCAGCUCUUCCGUCACCCAAACCCUGAAUCGAAUCCCCUGCCUUCGCCCAAGCCCUUCCGGUACAGCGCUCAAUCCUAUGAUAUCAUCAUCUGCAGGCUUGCCCAAUCGCGGAUGUUCACCGAGAUGGAGCAAAUUCUCGAUCAAAUGGCGAACCAGACCCGCUUCACUCCAAAAGAAGCCAUCUUUUGCAGGAUCAUCUCUUCCUACGGCCGCGCCCACAUGCCGGACGCUGCCCUCCGUACUUUCCACCGAAUCCCCUCCUUGCUCGGCCACCGGACGAUCCGCUCCUUCAACACCCUUCUCGACGUGCUACUCCGCCAUGGCGAGAUCAGUAAGCUCCAACAACUUUGUCAUGACCUCAAAGCUGCAGAAUUUUCUCCAGACGCUUGUACCUACAACAUUCUCAUCCGCGAUCGCGCUGCCUCCGGUUCAAUCCACGGCGCGUGCGAACUAUUCGACGAAUUGAGGGAGAACGGCAUUAGACCAACCGUCGCUACUUUCGGGACGUUAAUAUCUGCUCUUACCUCGGCUUCGCUGCUAGCCGAGGCCUUCCGUCUCAAAGAAGUGAUGUUUCAGCGAUACAACAUAAAGCCGAAUGCACACAUAUACACAUCGCUGGUGAAGGCGCUCUGCAAGGACAAUCAACUUGACCGCGCUAUUAGAUUGAAAGAUGAGAUGGCCUCAGACCCGGAGAUAGGGCUUGAUGGCGCAAUUUAUACGACUUUGAUACGCGCACUCUUCAGAGCUGGGAGGAAAGGUGAGGUGGUAAGUGUUUUGGAAGAGAUGAAGCAGAAGGGGGUGAAGGCCGAUACGGCGACUUACAAUGCUGUAGUCGCGGGGUUCUGUGAGGAAGAAGACUUUAUCGCAUCUUUCGAAGCAUUAAGGGAGAUGAAGCGCAGGGGCUGCCAGCCGAAUUUGGUUAGCUAUAACACCAUUGUGGUGGGGAUGUGCAGGGCGGGGCGGUGGAGGGAUGCGCGCGACUUGUUCGACGAUAUGCCGAGGCGGGGAUGCCGGCCCGACGUGGUGACCUACCGGGCACUUGUCGAUGGAUUUUGUGCGGCGGGGCAGAGCCGAGAGGUAGAGCUGCUGGUGGAGGAGAUGGCGUUUAACGGUUACUAUCCAGCCGCGAUGAGUUUUAGGAAGCUGGUGGAAGGUAUUUUGGAGAAGGGAUGUUUCAGGGUGCGGGAGUUGGUUGAUUUGCUGAUUUGCGACGAUUAGGAGUGAUUAAUUGAUUGAUUUUGAAAUAAAA